AUGCAUCGGGACUCUAUCUUUCAAUCGACACUCAGCCAGAUUGUUGGAAACCCUUACCAUCAACCAACAUGCCAGGGCCUCAGGGACGAUGGAAUUCAAUGUCGGAACGACGUGCCAAAGAUUUCUCGUAUCAAUAGUGCGAUCCAAUUAGGCCUGUUCCGAGGAGACCCUGACAGCCUUCCUCCUGAAUCAGUUCUUAUGAGUGCAGCAAAAUCUAUGUUAUGUGCAAAAUGCAGGCCCGAUAACUCCCGAGCCAAGCAGUGUACUCAACGAUGGAUUCAAGAAUGGAAUGCCAAGCUCAAUCAAGCAGACAUUACUCCCACAACCCUAAAUCCAAACAUCUAUGACAUGGAUCAACUGGUACAGCAUCGUUUAGCUAUAUCAUCUCCUGCGGCAUCCAUACAACGCGCUGGAUUGAUUCCUGGAACGCCGGUUACGUUGGUGUUUCGAAGUCAGAGACAAAGACAUCAGGAUGACAUUGUGAAGGCCAAAGAAGCCCCAUUUAAGGCUACAACCAAGGCACGGCUAGAAGUUGUCUUUUGA